GAUGAUUUUUAAAAAGUAAGAAGUGCGAAAAGUGAAAAUUGAAAAUCUGUUUGGCUAAAUCAACAUUAUUAAAACAAAUAAAAGAAAAAAGGAGUAGCAGCAAAGUGAGAAAAGGAGUUUUUGUACAAGAUGAGUAAGGUAAGCAAGCGUCACCUAAGGAGAAUAAUAAGUAGGGAAAGAAAAAAGAAUCGUGAAAAGUUAAGACUAGGUAGAAAUUACGCUGUGUCGACCGUGUCCACUGCUAGGAUUGCUGGAAAUGUAGAGGAGGUUCUACCAUAUGUGCCAAGUCGCUCAGUGGAAGUCCCAUUUCAGCAGAAAUUGAAAAUGUGGUCAAUUCGUAAUAAAAUAAGCCACAAAAGCCUUUCUGAACUGCUUGCACUUCUUGCAGCAGAAAAUAUUAAAGUACCUAAAAGUGCACAAUCUCUAUUAAGAAAUAAGCCCCAGUUAAUGGUGCAAAAUAUGAGCCCGGGACUUUUUUGUAAUUUUGGCAUUAAGGCGCAGCUAUAUAAAAUUGGGGGAAAAUUGCUUGAUUAUAACACCAUAAUUGCAGAUAUUCAUUUUUUUUAUGGAAACAAUUACUAAUUUUUCUUUUUUUCUUGAGCAUUUCAAAAAAUAUGGAGCACCAAAUCCCAAAACGUCGACCACAGCAAUUCCAAUGAAAAAGGCAAGAUAUGGCAUUGACACUGCCCACCUUGGACAAAACAUUAGUGUAACCAGUGAAUGCACUAUAGAAUCACGUGGGAUCAGCGUUUCAACGUCGGCCACUAAAUAUACCAAUGAAUCCAACCAAGGCGUGUUUGAAGUUGUUUGCUGCAGCCACUGCAACACGUUUGAAAAGCAGUUACAGGAUAUUGGCAAAAAAUUAGACGAACUGCAAUUGAUAGUCGAAGCACAGAAUACUGCUAUAAUGGAUGCAAUAGCGGUCCAAAAGGUGGCGACUGAGCAAUUGAUUCGCCAAGAAUCAAAAAAUGCACCCAUCACAAAAUAUUUCCCAAUAAGUGACGUCCCAGAAAUGCAUCAGUUGGAGGAAAAAAUUACCCCUACUAACAGAGAUGUAUAUGAAUCUGCGAUGUCUGCUAUUUUAUGCAACAAUCUCAGAAAUAUAAGGCUGCUGUUAAAUAAGGACGUCAUAGCGUCAAUAAACGUGGAUGGUUCACAUGGAAAGAUAAGCUUAAAAUCUUUCCCAAAUUUUUAUGCUUCAUUGACUGGAGCCAUUGCCAAAUUACCAUUUAAGGGAUUGUCGCCGGAGGAAGCGCUGCGCAAAGCCAUUGCUUUCGAAAAAGCUAAAUGCUUUAAGAAAGCUUAUCGACAAAAAAAGAAGAAUUCUGCAUCUUAAACUACUACCCCUCCAAUUGUUUUUUUUUUUUUUAAUAUAAAACUGCAAUAGUACAAAGUUGUAAUAUUUCAGACUUUAAAUUCUGACUUCUUAUUUCUGGACUGAAUUUUUCUUUUUUAAUUUUUAUUAUAAAAUUAUUUAAAAAAUGUGAUUUAUAAAGCUCGUAAAGAAACCAGAACGAAUAUUUAUUUUAAAAUUUUCGCAGCUAAAAACUCACAAGAAAUAUUCUCCUAAAAGUUUGUAGCCCAUUUUAUUUCGUUUUUUUUUCUUAAAGAAUAAAUUUUGUUCACGCGUUAUAUGAAAGCAAGAAAUCAACGCGAACUUUUUGAGUGGAGUACAACACUGCGUAAACGAUUUUUUUAAGAUACAUUUUUUUAAAUUUUGAUGAUAAUUUCUUUCAUGAGUUUUGCAAAAAUUUUGAUUUGUCAGAUUUAUGUUAGAGAAGCUGUAUUUAAAGUGUUUAAAGUCAAUUAAAUAAAAAUACAUAUUUUAAAACGAAGGCUUCGGAUAAAAUUUAUCUUGAUUGUUAAAGGGAUUUUAGAGGUUUUAUAACGACUGGUCUCAUUCUGCUACCAUUGCGACCUACAAAGCGACUAGUCCCUUUUUGUACCCAUUUGGGUAUAAAUGGGUACAAUUAGUCUCUUCAUAGGACAUGCUCGAACAAAAGGGAACAGUUCAGUCCAUACAAAGAGAUGUAAAGUGGGAUUAGUCGCAUGUUCCUUUGCGACUAAUCCCGGACACAUCCCGGACUAGUCGCAUUUUUUGCAGGGGUGGAUUGUAAGUGGUGAUGUGGUGAGUGUGGUAAAGUUUGCGUGUCAGUGUUGUGAGGUUGAAUUCAUGUGGCGUGCUAACGUGUGUGUUGAUGUAGGGGGAGGAUGCUCAUUUAUACAGCUAGGAACGCCUCAUACCGAAUCCAGUCGGUUCGCGCACAAAUAUAUUAAAAUAACAUUAAAGUAAAUGCAUCAAAACAAACUUGAGUUAGAGCAAUAGAAAUGCACAAUCACUAUAUCAAACAAUUCUAAACAUUCAAACAUCAAAACAACCUUGAGUUUGAAUACCACACCAACCUCAUCAAAGAACAAGGGGAAUGCACUAUAUCUAAGAAAACAAUAUAUAUGUAAACAAACCCAAACAAAUAAAAUAAUAUAAAUCUGUAUCUAAACAAACUAUCAAUUAGUAAUAAGAGAAUAUACUAGUGAUUACAAAUAGAAAUAAAAACCUUGUAAUAAGUUAGUCUUGAGAGUAUUAAUAAAAAGUACACAUUUCGGUGCAGCUCAAAAAUUUAUUUUUAUUUAUGUAAAAAUUAACUCACGCUCCGAAGUACAGUCGCGGCGGAAGAAAAUCAGUCCUAUUACUUUCUGGACAAUCCCUGUAUAUCACAGUGUGAAAAUGGGGAAUAUAACCUCUCUUACUCCCCAUAUAACACUCUUUUAAAUUCCACUUGAUUCUUUUACUUUCCUUUAUACAUAUAAAGAAGCAAUUAGUGUAAAUAUAAUAAAAAUUUGCACCAAUAAUUAUUUUAAAGCAUGCCACCUUAUGACCAAAAACCUGUCAAAUCCAACCAAAACUGCCCUAAAUACUGGAUAUGUUGACUUUUGACCAAAAUAUGGGUCAAUGUAUGUAUAUAAUCUUUUCUUAGAAAUAGUAACACUACGUAUCAAAAAUGGGUUAAUUUUUGAAAGACGUUGAAAUGGAGAAUUCAAAGUAACUAGUUGGUGCUCCCUCGUGGAAAUAUAUGAAUAAAGUUUACACCGUUGGAAAGGAAAAGACGUGCACAAAUUUUUACGUUUUCAUGAACAUAGGUAAACUCCAUUGUGUUAAUUUCUUUGUUGAAAAGAUGUUUUUUUAUUAUUAUUUUGUACAAUGUACCUAGUAAAAAAAAAUAAAAUACUAACAACAAUUCUAGUCUAAUUAAUUAGGAGAAAGGAUUCAAAGUGAAGUAUCAGUUUGCGAUUUAAUCUGUAUUUCAUUCAAACAAUUCAUCAGUAGUGGCUAAAUGAGAUAAGCUUCCGUCAAAAACCACCACAUCAACACAGCCGAGAGAGCACUCCACAUCCACACAUGCGAACAAACACCACACUGGAUACUACCCAUCUAACAGGAUCGUCAACUCCAUACGGCAGUUCUGUUGAGUUUGCACACCAAACUACACGUCGCUCUUUGGCCGCCGCUCCUCACCUUUUACGCUAUGAUUUCCAUAAUUAUUAAGCAUAAUAACAAAAACAUAUUUGUAUUGUGAAAUGAAAAUUAUCCAAAAUACUUUGCGAACAAUAAUUGUAAAGCAAAUUGAUAUUACAAAGUAAAUCCGAACCUCUUGUGAAGUAGAAA